AGGGAGUUUAACUAUAAAUCGCGGUCUUGAAUUGUCUCUUACUUUCGCCUCCUCACUUCUUCUCAAAUCCUAAAAACAACUUUCUCUCUCUCCUCUGUUUUAAGUUGUAACCAAUACCUCUGGUUCUCACUCUCGCUCAAACUUCUCAUCCUCGUCAAAUUUAACAUUCUUCAUAAUCGGUGAACUUUCUUGCACGAAACCCUAAUAGCGAUCGAUCGUGUAUUCGACGCAUUCUUCUUUCGAUUUUUAACCAUGAAUAUUCAUUCUUAGAUUUCUUGUUUGUCUUUUGUGGCUAAUGUUAUCAAUUUGUUUUCAUACUCCAUCGGGUUAUUUGUUAUUCAUUGUGAUUUGUGAUUGUAAUGCUUCUAUUGAAUUAGGAAGAUUGGUUCAAGAAACACCUAAAGUCAGUAUUUUAUUCGAAGUUUCGAACUUUCAUAUUAAGCAAUUUUAGGCAAACACAAAUUGAAGCUUUCAAAUUCAAUUGUAAGUUCACUUUUUUAAUUUUCCUCCUCUUCAUAAUCCCUAAUUUCUAUUGAGAAAUUCAUGUAUAAGUUCAAUUACUAGGAAAUGAGGAAGGAAGAAGAGAAAUUCGCAUCCUUAGUUCCACUUCCUGAUUACAAAUUAUGCGGUUACCUCACAACAGUUGUUUCCUCUAUUCAUUCUUAUGCUAAAACCCUAGAAUUCGGCACUAUUCUCCACAUCUGCACUGAUGGAUCCCACGUUGGUUUCAAAACCCAUUCCGGCCUCUUUCUCAAAUCUAUCUCCGACCCCGGCUACAGCAAUGGUGAUGCUAACUCAAAUUCGAAGGAGUCACCGGUAAUGAAGAAGAAGAAGAAGAAGGUGGUUAAGAAUGGGAAGAGUGUUAAGACAGUAAAGAAUAUUUUUCAUGGAAAUGGAACAGUGAGUGUUAUUCAUCAAUUAAAGAGGUUGGUUAAUCAGAAAUGUUUGAAAAUUGUUGCAACUGUUGUUGGAACUUCAAUUAGUGAUAACAAAUUUCGGGUUGCGGUAUUGGUGGAUGCGUAUCUUCCUGUUGCAUUGUGGUCUGGUUGGCAGUUUCCUAGGUCUUCUACCACUGCUGCUUCUCUGUUCCGCCAUUUGAGUUGUGACUGGUCGGAGCGAAAUUUAAUUAUGAUGGAUGGCUAUUAUAAAGAUGGAGUUACUAGCAAUAAGAGUUUAUGGGAUGUAGCUGAUUGUCAUGCUCUUGGAUGUAAACUGCAUUCUGUUAUUCCCGAUUCAUCUAAUGAAAAGGGAUUUGAACUACAUGAGAUUUUUAAGAGCUUACCUUGCUUGGGUGAAGAUGUGAAAAAUGUUUCUUCAAGUAUUACACCCAAGGAUAUGACACCUGGAACUGGCAUUUGGGAUUUACCAGAUGAAAUUGUGAUCAGAAUUUUAUCGACUCUGCGUCCAAUCGAUCUUGUGAGAGCUUCUGCUACAUGUCGUCAUCUAAGACUCUUAUCUGUAUCAGUUAUGCCAUGUAUAAAGCUCAGGCUCUUUCCUCAUCAACAAGCUGCUGUAGAGUGGAUGGUGAAGCGUGAGCAGAAGGCUGCUCCUUUACGCCACCCCCUUUAUCUGGACUUCUUAACUGAAGAUGGGUCAGUUUUCUACAUCAAUAUUGUAUCUGGUGAAUUGGUUACUGGAUCAGCUCCAAUGAUCAAUGAUUUUCGUGGUGGAAUGUUCUGCGAUGAGCCAGGACUUGGUAAAACUGUUACAGCUCUUUCACUUAUUCUGAAGACCCAAGGAACACUGCCUGAACCACCAGAAGGUGCUAAAAUAAUUUGGUGCUUACAUAAUGGGGAUCAGAAAUAUGGCUACUAUGAAUGUAGUGGUAGUAGAUACUUUGGUCCGGCUUUUCGAUCACCAGGAAUAAGAUGUUUAAGUCAGAGUGAUAGAAGAAGCCAUUUUUCUCCUGAUGACGUGAUCCCUAAAGAUCAUUUCACGCCAAAGAGGGAAAAAUUAUCUACUUCUGGGGAGCAGAGUGCACUUUCCUUGUCUUCUUGCCUGGAAAGUGCCGGUCCAUCAUCAUCUGAACAUUCUCCCUCCACCCCCACAAUCACAUCAUGUUUAUUUCGCUGCUCUAGGAGCUCGAACCGCGUCAAGAGAAAUCUUUUACCUAUAUAUGAAUAUGAAAGUACUUCUAGAUACCUUGAAGAUAAUAAGGGUAAGUAUGCAGGAAAACGUAAGUCUCUGGAAAAUAACGAGUGUAGUGUUGCUUUAAACAAGCAAAUUGGGAGAAAAAAGAAGAAGCUUGAUUUGGGGAAUGAGUAUGUGGUAUAUAAUGAAAAUUGGAUCCAAUGUGAUUCUUGCCACAAGUGGCGGAGACUUACUGAUGACCAUUUAGCGAAGUCUACUACGGCUUGGUUUUGUAGUCUGAACUCUGACCCUCUUUUCCAAAGCUGUAAUACUCCAGAAGAGUCAUGGGAUUAUCGUGAACCUGUUGUUUAUUUUCCUGGAUUUUGCAGCAAAGAAAGUCCUGGAGAACUUCCUCAAAAUGUGACAUUCUUUACUAGUGUCCUUAAGGAGCAUUAUGCAUUACUUAACUGUCAGACCAAGAAGGCUUUAACUUGGCUUGCUAGACUUCCAUAUCAGAGACUUUUGGAAAUGGAAAAAGUCGGACUUGUUCGUCCAGGUCAAGUGUCGACAAAAGAAGCAAUUGGUUUCAAUAAAAUAUUUGAGGCAUUUGGCUUUGUGAAGAAGGUGAAGCAGGGUGUAUGCCGAUGGUUUUACCCAAAAAUCCUAGACAAUUUGGUCUUUGAUUUACCUGCUCUCCGAAUUGCUCUUUGUGAGCCAUUAGACACAUUUAGGAUGUAUUUAUCACGGGCAACUCUAGUUGUGGUUCCAUCAAAUUUGGUUGAUCACUGGAUAGCACAGAUCCAGAAGCAUGUAAAACCAGGGCAAUUGCGGGUUUAUAUCUGGACAGAUCAUAAAAAGCCUGCUGUGCACAACCUUGCUUGGGAUUAUGAUGUUGUUAUAACUACCUUUAGUCGGCUUAGUGCUGAGUGGAAUCCUCAUAAAAGAAGUUUCUUGAUGCAAAUUCAUUGGAUGAGGGUCAUGUUAGAUGAGGGACAUACCUUGGGGUCAAGUGUAAACUUGAGUAAUAAAAUGCAAAUGGCAGUUUCAUUGAGUGCUUCAAAUCGUUGGAUAUUGACGGGAACCCCAACUCCAAAUACUCCCAGUAGUCAGUUAUCUCAUCUUCAACCUAUUUUGAAAUUUCUUCAUGAUGAUGUUUAUGGAGAGAAUAGCAAGAACUGGGAAGCUGGGAUCCUUAAGCCUUUUGAGGCACAUAUGGAGGAGGGUAAAGUGCGUUUGCUGCAAGUACUUAAGAGGUGCAUGAUUAGUGCUCGAAAAGCUGACAUACAAUGCAUUCCUCCUUGUAUUAAGAAAACUACAUUUAUUGAUUUCACUGAGGAACAUUCAAAAACUUACAAUGAACUUGUAGUUACUGUGCGGCGUAAUAUUUUGAUGGCUGAUUGGAAUGAUCCUUCUCACGUGGAAAGUUUACUGAACCCAAAGCAGUGGAAAUUUAGGACUAGUACCAUAAGAAACGUCAGGCUUUCCUGCUGUGUUGGUGGUCAUAUUAAAGUAUCUGAUGUUGGUCAAGAAAUCCAAGAAACAAUGGAUAUAUUAGUUCAAAAUGGGUUGGCUUAUCUUUCAGAGGAAUAUGCUUUAAUUAGAUACUGCCUUUCAUUUGGUGGUGAUUGUCAGAGAUGCAAGGAAUGGUGCCGCCUACCUAUUGUUACACCAUGCAGACAUCUUCUGUGCCUUGAUUGUGUUGCUUUGGAUAGUGAACGAUGUGCGUUUCCUGGAUGUGGUUAUUCAUAUGAGAUGCAGAAUCCUGAAAUACGAACACGAGUAGAAAAUCCAAAUCCAAAGUGGCCUGUCCCAAAAGAUCUAAUUGAGUUGCAACCAUCUUAUAAGCAGGAUAGCUGGAAUUCAGAUUGGCAAUCAACCUCUAGCAGUAAAGUUGCAUAUCUUGUUCAGAGGCUGAAGGAAAUUCAGGAUGCUAGUAGAAAAAUUGUUUGUUCAAGGAUUGAGGGAAAUCAUGUAGAAAAAUCUUUUGAUGUCUUUUUCCCUCAAGAACCAUCAAGGAAACCAAGUAUUGAUUCUUCCAAGGCUCCUUGUGAAAAAGUUCUGAUAUUUUCCCAGUUUCUUGAACACAUACAUGUAAUUGAGCAACAGCUGGCUAUUGCUGAUAUCAGAUAUGUUGGAAUGUUUAGUCCAAUGAAUGGCAACAAUAAGAAGAAGGCUCUCACAACCUUUCAAGAUGAUCCUAGCUGUAUGGUGCUUGUGAUGGAUGGAAGUGCUGCACUAGGUCUAGAUUUGAGCUUUGUAACCCAUGUGUUUUUAAUGGAGCCAAUCUGGGACCGAAGUAUGGAGGAACAAGUGAUUAGUCGUGCUCAUCGUAUGGGUGCAGUACGACCUAUUCAUGUUGAGACCCUAGCGAUGCGUGGUACUAUUGAAGAGCAAAUGAUGGAGUUUUUGCAGAAUGUUGAUGAGUGUAGAAGGUUAUCGAAAGAAGAACAUGAGAAAACUGAGCAUGAAGGAGCUCGUGCACAAAGAUCCUUGCAUGAUUUUGCUGAGAGAACAUAUUUGACUCACCUGAGCAUGGUACGAACAAAGGCAUGAAGGCAAGUGUACUAAAGAUUAUCAGUUAACCUUUUUGUUUGUUUUCAUUGAUAUUUGCUGCAUUCUUAGUUUGGUCCAUUUUUUCCGUUGCUAAAUAAUUAAAAUGCAUGCUAUUUUAGAGUGAUAAUUGUUGCUUUUAUCAUCUUCCAUUCCGUUUUGUAUACCCUACUUUCCAAUACAAACUGUUUCAUAUAUGUCACAUUUGGAAUCUUCACUAUUAUAAUAACACUCUUUUGAGUUUUGACGGAAAAAAACCCAAUAAUUUUUUUGUUCCAAAAGUAUCCCUUUUUGACAUUAUAUUUACGAAAUUGUCAUUCUGGAUUUCCUUGCUAUUUUGCGUUGGUCACUUACUGCCAACUACUUCUGUUACAUUCUUUCAGAGCUAACCUCUCUUUACAACCUUUUCCUCUCUCUCUUUGUACUAGACUUCUAUUCUGUAGGCUAAAAAACUUUAGAUCCUGUGUUUACUAGCCAUUAAUCUCAUCCGAAAUUUGCUUUAAAAUAAGCCUCUCUUUUUUCGGCGCAUAAGAUUAUCCAUUAUGUGUUUCUCCCUUGGCUACAUAACAAUUUAUGAACUCACCUUAACCUUCAUUGCAUGAAAAGACAUGUGAUGCUGCCUCUGUGCUAUGGUAAUUGCUUGUCUCUAUUAUUUUCUCUGCUAAUCAGGAUGUAUCCUCGGUAUGGCUUUUUAUUGUGGACAUUGUUGCUGUAAAUGCUAACAUAAGGUCGUCAUUGUCACAACUGGGUGUGGAAUGGUAGUUGAUUGAAAUUGGCUCACUCCCAUUUUGCCAGUGCGCUGUCACAUGUGGAUCCUUUAGCUCAUUCCAAAAAUGUAGCCACCAUGGAGAUUUGAAAGCAAAAGGUUUAAAGAGAUAACGAAUUUGCUUUCUGAUAGAAUUUGCAUUAAGAAAUCAUAUAAUUAACAGUCACAAUAACUCAAUAUUAAUAAAUAUAACUUCAGUUGUAUGCAAGCUUAAUACCCAAAGGUUCCACACCACAAGGGGAUUAAAAGGGGAUACUUUUGGCGGUGAAAUGGUUUACUAAGGACAUGAAAAGGGUUUACUUUUUGUUUUGAGUAUUUGAGUAUAGGAAUAGGGAGGGCGUAUGAAACGACUUCGAGGGAAAUGGAGCAGGAUGUAAUUACGAAGCUUGAUACGUCAACACCACAAGCAUUCAUAAAGGAUAAUGCGUAUGAAGGAUCCUUGAGUUUGGAAUGUAAAGACUUUACAUAAGGAAGUAGCUGUUAAGUCUUUUAAAACAACAUCAAAUUAAUUAACUAAGAACCAUAUCUUAUAAAGCUAGCCCAUAUUGAUUGACUUUGAAAUGGGUUAAUGGAUCCUUGAUUUUGGACUUGUUGGAUAUGAACUUGGACUUGGACUUGGACAAGUUGAGGGUGGAGCAUCAUAGCAACUUCACAACUAUUAAUCAUCCAUCUACAUUGAGACUAACAAAAGGGAAUAAUGUGAGUAUUAGGUUGGCAAGAGAGAAAAAUUUUGCGUGUUAACUGUAAAGUGAAGGUUACUUUUCAAAAAAGUUGGUUACUUCGAUUUGACUAAAACAAAUGCUUGUGUUUAUCACCGAGGAUAUCUUGAAUUUUUCUUAUUACAGGGUAGGUUGAGGAAAGGAGAGGGUCAAGUGAGAAUUGAACCCAAGACUUUGCCUUGGAGAAUGUGGUACUUAUCACUUGAAAUUGCGUGAAAGCUUUCCAGGACUCUUAUUAUUGUCAUUGUGCUGUCCAGAAAUCAGCACUCCUUUAUUUCCUUAGGAUUGUUCCCUAUUUGGAAAUUAGGUUUUUCACUUGACAAUCUGUUGAAGCUUUUUUUUAUAUGGUCUACUGUUAUGUACACUUUUUAUUUAUGUGAAGUUCCACAUGACGUUUGCUACUAAGGUCAAUCGGAAACAACCUCUUUGUUAUUUUUAUCAUUAACAAGGGUAAGAUUGUGUACAUUCGACCCUCUUAAAUCUCACAGGUGGCAGGCACUUAAUGGCAUUAGGUAAUGGAAUGUUAGCAUUUGCAGCAGCUUGCUGUUCAAGAACGUCACUCAUGAUGGCUUCUUUUUGUUGUAUCUUACUUCUAUUAUAGGAAAAGGAGUAGAGUUAUAAGUUGUCUGGUUUGCUCUGUUAACUCUUGCAUGAGGUGUACUCAGCCCUGUAUCACAAUUUAUGAUUAUUUAGUUCGGUGAAAAUAUUUUCAUGA